GGCCGGGAAUGGACGGGCGGCGGAGGCCGGGAAUGGACGGGCGGACGAGCAGCGGAGCAGAAGGACGGUGGAGCGGCGGCUGUGGGUGCGGGUGCCGAGCGGGCUGUGGGUGCUGGCGGCCGUGCUGCUCCUGCUCCUGGCCCCGCUGCCCUGCGCAGGCCAGAGCAGUCUGCCAAGCCCAGAGAAUGUGCAGGUCCAUGUGGUGAACACCAAUUUCACGCUGAGCUGGGAUUACAGCGGGAGCGAUCCCAAUGUGACGUUUUCCGCAGAAUUCCAGUGGCCGGAGCUGGAGGACACGGGCUGGCAGGAGCUGCAGGGGUGCCAGGCCGUGCUGGGCACCACCUGUGACUUCUCGGCGGCCAUCUCCGAGUACUACGACCUCCACUUGCUGCGUGUGAGGGCUCAGGCGGGGCCGCGGGUGUCGCCGUGGUCCGGGAUCCUGGACAUGGUGCCGGAACACAUCGCUCAGAUUGGCCCACCAGGACUGGAAUUGCAGUCCACAACUGGAGUCAUAAAAGUUAAGGUUUCUCCUCCAGAAGAAAAUCAGAGGAAAAAGAUGUGGAUCAAUGAUCUGAGUUUUAAAUAUAACCUGGUCUUCUGGGAAAACUCAUCACAUGCUCAGCUGCAGAGUAAAACCAUUUUCCCUGUUGACACCAUCGAUGAUCUUGCCCCAGACAGCAGCUAUUGCUUCAAGGUUCAAGCAAAUCUCCCCAGGGAGGGGAAGCAAGGCUUGUUCAGCCCCAUCAGCUGUGUGAAAACCACCCAGAAAGUGAACGACCACCUGUGUGCAACCAACCUGAGCAUCCUGGCUUUGAACAUGAAUUUCCACCUGCUCUGGAGUACCCAGGACAACCAGGAGGUGAACUACAACGUGCAGUACCUCCAUGGGUUCCUGAAGAGGCUCAAUGAUGAUCACUCAGACAAGUGGCUCAGUGUCCCCAGGUGUGAGAACAUCACCAGAACCUGGUGCAACUUCUCCUCCAUCAUCACCAACACGGGAUUUUAUUAUCUGCGAGUGCAGGCCAGGAGGGACAGCAAAUCCUGUUUGUCCAGGGAAGUCAAAGUGGAUCCUCUGAAAAUAAAUGGAAUUGGCCCUCCUGGUUUAAGGCUGGACCUCAGUGAUGCCUCACUCCACAUCCUUAUUUUUCCUCCAGGAGGAGCUGAGGAUGAAGCUGUGAGGGGCAUUUAUGACUUGUCCUACAGGAUCCUGUACUGGAAAAAAUCCUCUGAGUGGGAAGUGAAGCAGAAGGAGGUGAAGCAAACCAUAGCCACAGUCCCUGAUGUGUCCCCCUCCACCCUGUACUGUGUCAAAGUCCAGGCUUUCUCUGAGCCCUACAACAAGAGCAGUGCCUACAGCCAGCAGGAAUGCAUCCACACCCCUGCAGGUUCACGUUUACCUCUGAUCGUUUUUGGGAUUUUCAUGGGUGCCCUGCUGUUUGUCCUGCUGGUGGCCAGUCCUCUUGUUUUUAUGCUCUACAAAGCCUACAACAAAAUCAAAUACGUGUUCUUCCCCUCCUGCCAGCCCCCCCUGAACAUCGAGGGAUUUGGAGCACAACCCUUCAGCAGCCCUUACCUGUCAGCUGCAGAGGAACCUGUGGAAAAUUGCUGUGUGAUCGAAUCCAUGAUCACAGAAGAGGGAAAUCAGAUUGAUUUUACAGACUACCAACAUUCCAAACAGAGCAGUCGAGACUCAGGGAAUUAUUCCAACGACACCAACUCUUCGGGGAGCAAAGGAUCCAAAGAAACACUGGAAAAUGAAAUCAUUUAACUUUGGGAGAGCAAAAUUCACUUUAUGGGAUUGCCAGCUUCACAAACACUUCAGACUGCUUUGUGAUGGAAGUCCCAGCCUGAGGGGAUCUCUGGGAUCUUUGGGAUCCUGGGGGGAACUCUGAUCUUUGGAAUCCUGAGGGGGAUUCUGAGCUUUGGGAUCCUGAGAGGGAUUCUGAUCUUUGGGAUCCUGGGGGGGAUUCUGAUCUUUGGGAUCCUGAGAGGGAUUCUGUGAGUUUUGGGAUCCUGAGGGGGAUUCUGUGAGUUUUGGGAUCCUGAGGGGGAUUCUGUGAGUUUUGGGAUGGCUGGGUUUAGGUUCCCAGGGCUGUCCUUGCUGGGGGAUCUCCUCACCCCGCUGUCCCCACCCCAGCCAGGGCUACACCAGGAGCAGCUCUGGACACUUGAAGCUGCUGAGCUGAGCAGAUCCUGCCCUCUCCAGCAGAGAAUUCCCCGUGAGCUGAGCAGAUCCUGCCCUCUCCAGCAGAGAAUUCCCCGUGAGCCCACAGUGUCUACACAGACAAAGGCAAUCCAUGGACACAAUCCUCUGGAACUUCCAGCCCCUGGGCAGAGCUGGGCUCAGCAGAGCCAGGGGAGCCACAGGAGCAGCAGUGAGGAGGCUGGGAAUCCUCAGGGAAUCCUCAGGGAAUCCUCAGGGAAUCCUCAGGGAUUCCUCAGGAGAUUCUCAGGGAUCCCUCAGGAGAUUCCUCAGGAGAUUCCUCACAGGAUUCCUCAGGGAUUCCUCAGGGAUUCCUCACAGGAUUCCUCACAGAAUUCCUCACAGGAUUCCUCAGGGAUUCCUCAGGGAUUCCUGGGUUUGGAGCAGGGCUGCUGGGAGGUGUUCCUGCCGUGGCAGGGGUGGAUUGGGAUGAGCUUUAGGCUCUCUCCAGACUCGUUCUGGAAUCAGCAGGACCCGCUGGGAUUUGGGAAGUGCCUUCAGCAGAGGCCUGGGCUCGGCACUCGGAGCUUUCCCAGCUGAGUCGUGCUUUGCCAGGAGACGUUUCUGUGGCUGAAUGAUCAGGAUGUGAUCAGCACACUGCCCUUGCCAUAUUCCAUGGUUUCCAUGCUGGCUCCACCAUCUUCCAGAGGCAUUUUCCUUUAAGUACCUUAUUUUUUAAUGAAGGAACUGUUUUGGGCUCAGCUGGGUUUGAGCAUCCCAAGGGCUGCUGCUGUUUGUUCGAACCAGGAACUCUUGGUGUUUAUAAAUCCUUUUUUUUAUUUGUGAAUUUUAAUUUUGUAAAUUCCCUAUCCCUGUUUUCAUUGAAGAACAUAAUAAAUUUUAC